AUGAUGGACUGUGUAGAAGACAACAAUCAUGAUCCUCUAUCUGCACCACCAGUUUCUCCACCAUCUAGUGGAGAAAUCAAAGUAGAUAAGAAGAAACCAAGUGAAAACAUUUCCCUAGCAGACAAUAGCUUACUGGUAGACAUAUCAGAUGCACUUAGUGAAAAAGAAAAAGUAAAGUUCACCGUUCACACUAAAACAACAUUGCCAGAGUUCCAAAAAUCUGAAUUCUUUGUUGUGAGGCAACAUGAAGAGUUUGUAUGGUUACAUGAUAGAUAUGAAGAGAACGCAGAUUAUGCGGGAUACAUUAUACCACCGGCCCCACCCAGGCCAGACUUUGAUGCGUCUAGGGAAAAAUUGCAAAGACUCGGGGAAGGAGAAGGUGCUUUAACUAAGGAAGAGUUCUUGAAGAUGAAGGAAGAACUUGAAGAGGAAUAUCUGGCAACAUUCAAGAAAACGGUAGCAAUGCACGAAGUGUUCCUGCAACGUCUAGCAGCGCACCCAGUGUUCAGGAGUGAUGCUCACUUACGAGUGUUCCUGGAGUAUGAACAGGAUCUAUGCGCUAAGCCCAGGGGCAAGAUGGAAAUGAUUGGUGGAUUGGUCCGUUCGAUGACAACAACAACAGAUGAGAUAUACCUCGGUGCAACGGUGCGAGAUGUGAAUGAUUUCUUUGAACAAGAAACUGCUUUUUUGCAAGAAUACUAUUCACAUCUCAAGGAGGCCGUGGCCAAGGUGGAUAGGAUGACUUCGAAACAUAAGGAUGUAGCAGACGCUCAUAUAAAACUAUCAUCCUGCAUCACUCAACUCGGUACGAGGGAGCAACCGCCCACUGAAAGGUUCUUGACAAGAGCGGCUGAGACGUUUGAUAAAUGUAGGAAAAUCGAAGGUCGUAUGGCAUCAGACCAAGACUUGAAGUUAGCCGAUACUCUCCGUUAUUAUAUGCGUGAUGCGCACGCCGCUAAAGCAGUGCUCGUAAGACGACUAAGAUGUCUGGCUGCCUACGAAGCAGCUAACAGGAAUUUAGAACGAGCUCGCUCUAAGAACAAGGAUGUACAUGCUCCGAUGGAAGUUCAAGAGGCUGAACAAGCGCAGUCUGACGCAUGCGCUCGUUUCGAACAGCUGUCGGCGCGCGCGAGGGAGGAACUGUUGGACUUCCGCACCAGACGCGUAGCCGCUUUUAGGAAAAGUUUAAUAGAUUUGGCUGAGCUGGAGAUAAAACACGCGCGUGCGCAACAAGAAUUAUUCAGAAAAUCUCUGCAAGUACUAAGGGAAUCAUUAAAAGCGUCCCUAACAAUAAAAUGUUAUGUCAAUAUGAUCCUAACAACGGUUUUGGUUCUCAUUUUGGUGGCGCCACGCGUACAGGGGAAGUGGGUAGAAGGGAGGAUAGAUACGAAAGAGAAUUGGGCAUUUUUAGCUCGUUUCUGCUUUCUGUCGCUGGAUGGCCAGUUCGAAUAUUUAAUAGAGUUCGAGAGAGACGUAGGUACACCCAACUUGUUGCUGUACUACGACGAUGACAGCCAGUGGCCGGCUGUGUAUCACAGUAGUAAGACGUGCAAGGAACGUGAAGCAGUAUUAAAUAGAGGUGGCCAAAACCAAAUGAUAAAACUGUCUCAUUGGUAUCCUGAUACUGAAUAUUCUGGUUGUAUUCUUUCUCAAGCGAAUAAGAAGUUGCCAGCAGCAAAAAGUUCAACAACUGCUGCACCAAAAACUUCAAAAACAAACGUAACAACCAAACCAAAAAAUGUUUCAAACAUAACGAAACUAGAUGUACCCUCAGAUCCGACAUAUUAUAACCAGUUCCUAAAAACUACCACACCGAAACCAAUAUCUACCUUUUCUGAUACAAAUGCUACCACAUGGUACGAAUUGUUGCCAACUGAUGUAUGGAAUUCUACCACGACAGUGUUACCAGAUGAUGAACUAUGGGAAAAUAUUGGACCUGAAAAAAAUUAUAGUAAACUGGAAAAUUUAAAGGACGUUGAAUUGUUAUUUGAGAAUUAUAAUGGAAGUGGGCAUAAAAUAAAACGUUCAACAUUUGAAUUGUUAGAACGCUACCACCGCCGUCGACUUUAUUCUGAAUCCAAGCAAAAUGAGGGCAGCACUAAUACUGAGAAAGUUAGAUUUGUUGUCUCAUGCCACAAUUCUAGAAGAUUCCGAUCAGCAAGAGAGAGAUGGUGGUUUAUAGCCAUCAGUAACUGCGAUAGCCCCAAGGGUUUGGAUGUCCGUUAUAAAUUCCUUAUGACUAAUGGACCUAAUGGAGAUUUUUGGCAUGAGCACUUCUCAGCUGACGAAUUUUAUGUAUUACCAAUCCUUCUAGCGUAUACUUUCGCCUAUGUAAUAGUGAUGGUCGCGGUAGUGAUGUGCAGUGUAGAGCUCAAAUCCCGGCAUUUAUUACAUACUACGUACAAGUUGUUUCUGAUGUCGCUUGUGUCACAACAUUUAGGAGUUAUGUUGCAAAGUCUCGCUGGGAUUCGAUACGCGUAUAAUGGCGUAGGCAAUACUAGUAUGAGGGUGACAGGUCAAUUCUUCUGCGGCAUUUCCGAAACGACAUUUCUUCUUCUUCUCAUUUUAAUGGCGAAAGGUUACACCAUCACUCGAGGGAGACUCAAAGUGGGCUUCACAGUAAAAUUAACGAUAUUUAUGUGUUGUUACGUACUGACAUACGUGAUCCUGUUUGUUUAUCAGGCUAGAGCAUUCGAUCCCGGUGAAGUAUUAUAUCUAUACGAAAGCCCCGCGGGAUAUGGACUUAUUGUGCUACGGAUCAGCGCGUGGUGUGCUUUUGCAUAUUCCACCUUCUUCACUGUCAAGAAAUAUCCUGAAAAGAACAUGUUCUACUGUCCUUUUUUCAUCUGUGGCACGUUAUGGUUUUACGCAGGACCGUUAUUUAUAUUGACAGCUAAUUCAUAUAUUGAUAAAUGGGUUCGAGAGAGUGUAGUUACGGCCGUUUUACUUUUCAUAACGUUUAGUGGACAUGUUAUGUUCCUGCUAUUAACAUUACCAGUAUUCGCAAAUAAAAAUUUUCCAUAUCAUGUUCGGACAACUCAAAUUGGUGUAAUGGAGGUAAAUGGAAGUUCAAAUCUUGAUAGAUUUGGUCCCACAGCAUAUCAUCCCAAUGAAAGAGCUUCGCAAACUGUCAUUAUACCGCUCACAAGACGGACAGAAGAACUAAUAGGCAACAUGUACAAUCAAUACAUGGCAACAUCUCCGCUGUCACUAGAAAACGAAACGCCAAAAUUAAAUGGCAUACCAAGAAGAAUAGAUUCAGUUAAAUCAAAAGCAAGUUUGAUCCCACAAAUAAGUACAGAAACUAACACAUCUGACGACAUAAAUCCAUCGAUAAAGGAAGAUAGAGAAAUAUUUACAGUAGACCCUAAAAUUGCACCGAAAACGCGGGAAAAUGAUAUGUCAAUGUCAAACGUGUUGCCAGAUGAUGAAAAAUUACCAAAUACAGAUAAUGUUGAGAACGGAGUGAAUUUGCCGGAAGUUUUGAGAUCUAAAAGGAAUAUUUUAGAGCCCUUAAAUAGAGAUGUGCCGCUAUGGUCCCUGGCAAAAGGGCCGUGUGUAGUUGCGAUGCAAUUAAAAAAGUCGUUGACCAUUGAAGGAGAAACACCGGAAAUACAAACAAACGGUCGUAAACCAUCACUUCGCACUUCGCAGGCCGGUUCAGGAGAAAUGAGCACGAUACAUGAAGGGCGGGAAAAAAGUUAUGUGAGAUCACCUGUUGAUAUAUUUACUGUACCUACUCGGGGA